AUGUGGUCUGCACAAGGUGGUACUGAUUAUUCAACUAAUGAACGAUCAGCACCGAUCAAUAUGCCAAAUAGACAAUCUGACAUAGCAUCGGGUUAUGCUGAUCCACACGGCGUUGUUUUUUCGCCUAAAUCAACAGAUCCAUCAAAUCUGGGAAUAAAUAUGUGUAUUAAUAUCUUAGAAGGUGAUAACUCCCCACGUGUAAAAGACGAUGGAAUUAAAGAUGUUACUCAACAUAUGCAAAACAUGAAGAUUUAUACUGACAAUGAUAAUGCGAAGAAAGCUGUGGAUAGUCCAACUGGUUAUGAUGGUAAAUCUGAUGACACGAUUAGUGAAAUCGAACUCAAUCGUAAACAAUCGCCUCGUCCAUCGCCUGCUCACGCGGCAAAAGAUCUGUCAAACGGUACUAAUAAUGAAAAUCUUCCCCCAUCAAACACCAUUGGUCCCGGUGAUGAUAUACAUGAUAGUAGAAUAUCGGAAUCACAUUUAAUGAUGAAUGGUAUGUCAACAGCAUCACUACCUAUACCAUUCCAACGUAUGCAAACUGAUAAUCAACAUCAACAACAACAGCAGCAGCAACAACAACAGUUAUUGCUCUAUCAACAACAGCAACAACAAGCUUUUCAAGCACAAUAUCAAAUGCUUCAACAACAACAACAACAGGCAGUUAAUUAUGAUAUGAACGCACCAUCUUCGAAUUUUCAAACGUUUGAUUACACAUUAAUUCAACCCCAAUCAUACGAAAGUCAAUCAAUAAUGACAGCUUUCAAUCCACAAUCUAAUAGUUCGAAUCAACAAGACCAUCAAUUAGCUGGUUUAGGACAGCCUCCACUCAUGUCAUGGCUUCCAAAUGCUAUGGCUGCUCAACAACAAACAGGUAAUCAACAUUCACCAUAUGGCUCAUCAUCCAAUCAAUAUAUGAUCAAUGGGAAUCAAGAUAAUUAUUUACAGCAAUUAACAAGCUUUCAUCAAUCACCAGCUUCGCUUCCAUCUCUACUCGGUCAACCACCAUAUUGGUCAGCGUUACCUCCACCGGUAGUUUUUCCAGCACCACCUCCACAAGCUAUGUUAGCACAACAGCAAACAUCAAGCAAUGAACAACAUUCACCGCAAUCAAAAACCAAUUCGAAUCGUCCGUUAACACCAACCAAUUCAACGGAUAUAUUGAGCACGUCACAACCAAAUCAACAACCUCAACAAUUCAUGAAUAUGCAACGUACAACACAGACACCAGUGAACUUCUCAUACUUUGCUGCAUCACCGACCUUUCUUGAUCCGAGUAUCAUGAUGUCCAACACUCGUCCACCGAACGGAUCACCAGGACUUCGAAUGUACCCUACACAGAUGCCAAUACCAGUUAAUACAAACACUCAACCUGGUAUCUAUGGUAGCCCAGUAGCAAGUUCACUUUCAAGUUCAUUUAAUGAUGCCUAUCCCGUACCCAAUCAACGGCGUGAUGCACCAUUACAAGACUUCUCUCGUCUUCCUGCAGAUCCACGUCUGACAAAACCAAUUCAGCAACCACAACAAACACAAUUAUUUCACGGUCAAUUACCCGGUGGUCUACCCCCGUCACCUGCUUACAAUACUUUGAUGACUUCAAUGACGCCACCACCGACUUCAAAUACCACGGGAUUCGAUGGACUCUUUAAUCCACGUUUUUAUACUCCUCAAGCUCAACAAGGACCACCAGGAGGGCCGUUACAGCAGCCAAUGUUAAAUGGCAACGAUGCUUAUUCUGGACGUCGCAGCGUCGGUGGAAUGAAUGCACCUAUGCCGAACUUCUACGCACCUAAUGUCUUUGGUGGACCAGGAAAUAAUAACACACGUGGAAAUACAGCAAAUACCAAUUCAGGACGUGAUUCCGUUGUGACACGAAGCAAACUACUAGAUGAUUUUCGUAAUAGUCGAAUGCCCAAUUUACAAUUACGUGAUGUUAUUGGAUAUUUUGCGGAGUUUUCUAUGGAUCAACAUGGUUCGAGAUUUAUUCAACAGAAACUUGAACGUGCAACCAACGCGGAGAAAGACAUGGUUUUCAAAGAGAUUCUUUCCAAUGCUCCACAAUUGAUGACCGAUGUUUUCGGUAAUUAUGUCAUUCAAAAGUUUUUCGAAUUUGGUUCGCCUGAACAUAAAGCUAUGUUAGCACAACGUGUACGUGGCAACGUAUUAACGCUUGCAUUACAAAUGUACGGUUGUCGCGUCAUUCAAAAAGCUGUUGAAACUUUACAACCUGAUUAUCAGGUUCUAAUAGCCAGAGAAUUAGACGGAAACAUUGUUAAAUGUAUCGAAGAUCAAAAUGGCAAUCAUGUUAUACAGAAAUGUAUUGAAUGUUGUACUGGAGACGAUAUUGAUUUUAUCAUUCGUGAUGUGACAAAGCAAGUUUUUCAAUUAUCGGCACAUCCAUACGGAUGUCGCGUUAUACAACGUAUACUUGAAAAUUGUAAAGAAGUGCAAACAAGACCUAUCCUCGAUAUUUUAUACAGUGAAUUAGAAAAUCUUGUACAAGAUCAGUACGGAAAUUAUGUUAUUCAACAUGUAUUAGAACAUGGUAAAUCAGAAGAUCGAAGUCGAAUCGUGAAUGCAAUCAUGGGACGAGUUCUUCACCUAUCGCAACACAAAUUUGCCAGUAAUGUGGUUGAAAAGUGUGUCACAUACGCAACUCGAGAAGAAAAACGGCAACUCAUCGACGAAGUCGUUUCAUUCGGUGAUGGACCUAAUAGUGCACUAUUAACCAUGAUGAAAGAUCAAUUUGCAAACUAUGUCGUACAAAAGAUGAUCGAUGUCGCUGAACCAGCUCAAAGAAAAGUUCUAUUACAAAAAGUUCGUCCACAUAUUCAAUCCCUGCGUAAAUUUACCUACGGAAAGCAUAUUAUAACCAAAUUAGAGAAACAUUUAAGCAAAAGUUCGGACUUGGGAGGUCCGUUGUCAUCCACAAAUUCAAAUGGUUUGUCGCAUUAUGACAACUAA